UCAUACAGUAAUAUCAAAAUGAUAAAUAUUUUCAGGGCGGAGGUCGGGGCUCCGCACAGGUCCGCUGCAAAAUAAACGACGGGCGUGUUUCCGUGUGCUGGACGCUGAUUUAACGAGGCAGAUUAUUACCGGGAAUUUUAUUGGAAGGAGCGCAGACUGAUACCUGAAUCUUAAAGAGGAAGCCGAGACGCAAGCAGGAAGAGGCAAGCAGGACAAAAUGAAGCAUUUUCUGAGGGCACUGAUGCAGUUCUUCCUGUUCCUGUACUGCGCCCUCCUGUGGCGCACCCUCAAGUUCGUGAUGCGAAAGGUUACGGGUCGCUGCGAGCUGCAGCGGAUCUGCCACAACAACAAGCCUGGCGCCCGCAGGACGCUCAGGAUCGAGUCUUCCCUGAAAUUCUCAAAGAGUGAGCUCCUGCAGACUGCAGUGAGUGCCCAGCUGGACUCGGUAGAGAAGGUAAUCGAUGACAUCAUCACCCUGAAGAAGAUCAACCCUGAUGCAAACCCACAGUUGGGGGUCUCUCUACAGGCCAGCCUCUUUCAGAUUGUGGGCUACCGGAGUCUGGUGGUGGAGGUAGAGAGGCUACGCAGGGAGUCAUAUGACUGUGAGAACCCAAAGCAUGAGGAGAUGCUGCUUAAGGUGGGGAACACGUGUCAGUAG